GUGGCCUGGCAAGGAGUUGUGAGAAUUAAAUAAGCUCCAUAAAAACCAUUGUUCAGUUGCUGGCAAAGAAUAACAGUGGGGUGGCCUAGAAUUCCAGGGUCUGGAGAAGCCUUCUUCCUGCAGGCAGAGUUGCUGGGGGACCUGGCCUCUGAGGAAGGAGGCUGCCCGGGCCCUGCUUUUAGAUUCUCAGGUGGUCUGGACCUGAUCCUGGCCCUUCUUUCCCCAGACGGGUCCCACCCUGGACAUGCCUGUUCCCUCCAGCUUCAACGACAUAGGACAGGAUGGGCAGCUGCGUAGCUUUGUUGGCUGGGUGUGGUAUGAACGGGAGGUGACCCUGCCCCGGCGAUGGAUCCAGGACCUGAGCAUAAGAGUGGUGCUGAGGAUUGGCAGCGCCCACUACUAUGCCAUUGUGUGGGUGAAUGGGGUCCAUGUGACAGAGCAUGAGGGGGGCCAUCUUCCAUUCGAGGCUGACAUCAGCAGGCUGGUCCAGAGUGGGCCCAUGUCCUCCUGCCGCAUUACCAUCGCCAUCAACAACACACUCACCCCCCACACCCUGCCGCCAGGGAACAUCCUCUACAAGACGGAUACCUCCAAGUACCCCAGUGGUUACUUUGUCCAGAACACAAACUUUGACUUCUUCAACUAUGCGGGACUGCACCGGCCAGUGGUCCUCUAUACCACGCCCACCACUUACAUUGAUGACAUCACUGUCACUACCAGCGUGGACCAAGGCACUGGGAUGGUGUAUUACGAGAUUUCUGUCCAGGGUGGUGAACACUUUGAGCUGGAAGUAUAUCUUCUGGAUGAGGAAGGCAAAGUUGUGGCCCAGGGGUCUGGGGCCCAGGGCCCACUGCGUGUGCCCGAUGCCCACCUCUGGUGGCCGUACCUGAUGCAUGAGCAUCCUGCCUACCUGUACUCAUUGGAGGUGAGGCUGACAGCUGGGCCCUUGUCUGACUUCUACACUCUCCCCGUGGGGAUUCGCACUGUGGCUGUCACAAAGAACCAGUUCCUCAUUAAUGAGAAACCUUUCUAUUUCCACGGGGUCAACAAACAUGAGGAUGCAGACAUCCGAGGGAAGGGCUUUGACUGGGCACUGCUGAUGAAGGACUUCAACUUACUUCUCUGGCUUGGUGCCAACGCCUUCCGUACCAGCCACUACCCCUAUGCUGAAGAGGUGAUGCAGCUCUGUGACCAAUAUGGGAUUGUGGUCAUCGAUGAGAGCCCUGGCGUGGGCAUUACGCAGAGCGAGAGCUACAACAACCAGUCUCUGGAGCACCACCUGAAGGUGAUGGAGGAGCUGGUGCGCAGGGACAAGAAUCACCCGGCCGUCGUGAUGUGGUCUGUGGCCAAUGAGCCCACUUCCUUCCUAAAACCUGCAGGUUACUACUUCAAGAUGCUGAUUGCACACACCAAAACCUUGGACCCCACCCGGCCUGUGACCUUUGUGACCAACUCCAACUAUGAAGCAGACCUGGGGGCACCGUAUGUGGAUGUCAUCUGUGUGAAUAGCUACUACUCCUGGUAUCAUGACUUCGGGCACCUGGAGGUGAUUCAGCUGCAGCUGGCCACCCAGUUUGAGAACUGGUAUAGGACCUAUCAGAAGCCAGUUAUUCAGAGCGAGUAUGGAGCUGACGCCAUUGCCGGGUUUCACCGUGACCCACCUAUGAUGUUCAGUGAGGAGUACCAGAAAAGUGUGCUAGAGCAGUAUCAUGUGGUUCUGGAUCAAAAACGCAAGGAAUAUGUGGUUGGAGAGCUCAUCUGGAAUUUUGCCGAUUUUAUGACUGACCAGUCACCAUGGAGAGCAAUGGGGAAUAGAAAGGGGGUCUUCACUCGCCAGAGACAACCUAAAGGUGCAGCGUUCCUUUUGCGAGAGAGAUACUGGAAAAUUGCCAACGAAACCGCGUACCACCUGUCAGCUGUGAAGUCAUGGUACAUGAGGAAGACCCUGUUGACUUUGUAAAGCAAGAACUACCUCUUGACUGAUACCAGCUGUCAGCGCCUCCUUCCCAGGUGAGGGCCAACGUCUACAGCCAGCAGAGAAAGUGCCUCCUGGACUGUGUGUGGAAAGUUUCCGGUCUGGAUUUUGUAGUCAUUUGCUAGAAGGGAACAUUAGAAGUGAAAAUAAAGGCUUUUGUAGUCUGUGAACUAAGAAUUGGCUUAGAAGCUACCAUUCCAUAAAUUGAUGAUUUGUACUUCCGAAAA